UCAAGAAGAGUAGAAGAUAGCAAGGUAAAGAGUUGCUUUGAGACUAUGAAUUGACCCAAUGAAUUGACAAAGCACACAAUAAAUGAAUUAUUAAUAGAAUAUGCCUGAUUUACCUUUAGCUGAUUCAGUAUGUGUGAUCCUUUUAAAAUUGCAUACCUCUGCGUUCAUUUAUUUUUUAAAAAGAGGGGUGUGUUGAGAAUCCUGCAGCUGAGGACUGGAUAGCAAGCAGACAGGAUGUGUCUCCUACCACACAACAGUGAUAUAGGCUGUAUUGAUAAAAUUUGUAACUUAUCAAAAACCCCGAAGAAAUGCUAUGCUAUCCAAAAACUUUGUACAAAUUUACUUUUUUUUACAGUGAAAAAUAUCAUUGACUUUUUUCCCACAGAAAGGGCUUUUUCUUAUAACGGUUUUAGAUUUAUCUAAAAUAUAAUUGCAGUUAGUUCACUGUCAGGUGUGUGGCAAAAGAGUGCAAAUCGCGGGGUUCGUUCUUCAGAACCAGCAGGGCAAUACGCUUGAGCACGUAUUAGUUGUUUUUGUAAUCUGCGGGGCAUCACCUGACCCCCCAGGAUCUCAUUUCAUAAUGUUGGUGCACGAAAUAACGUUCGAAAUCCAGCCCAAUUCGCUUGGAAGAGCACUGUGCUGACAACAGCUUCACCCCUGCGGGAAGGUGCACAGUUCACAGACCCAGCACAAUGUUCUCAAGUGGUUAUAUUUUUUAUUUGCAGAAGAGUGAGGUUUGAGCGCCAGCCCCCACCCUGUCAUCAAUAGUGUUAAUUCCACGCCUCCAUGGAGGGCAAGGCCACGGUGGACAUUAUUCUGAAGCCUUCAUUUUGCAAUGACGCCAAACGUGCCCCUGGCCCAGUAGUCUGCUGCGGCUUCAGGCGCCACCCCUCCCAACCCACCCCAGCCUGGACCAAGUGAGGCUCAGCUGAGCCGCAGCCCUGAAGUCGCCUUUAAUUUCCCAGCUCCGACCACCGGAAGCGAGCGCGAGGCGGGGGCAGGGUGGGUAGGACGCACCCACCGAUGCCGCCGGCGCCCGCUGGACGCGCCACCAGCCCGGCCCUUGUUCGCCGGGCUCGACGCUCGCCCACCUCUUCCAAAUUUAACCGUUACCUAAAUCCGAAGGGAAAUGAGCAAACCUCUGGGAUUGGGUGUCAAGGUAUUUUCAGCUUCGUUGGGCGUAUUUAUCCUCAAGUGUUUCCACAACAAGUUAUUUCGGGGGCCCGAGGCGCAGGUUUCGCUCUGCGGACGCGGUGGCCAGUGGCCGGGCUCCAGCCCGGCAGCACCGGGGUUCGGUGAUUCACGGCUGCGAUCGGGGAGCGAUGCUUGCCCAAGCAGGCGACCGGGUUGUGUUGCCCAUGGCCAGAGGGUCCAGGAACUGUGCGAGCUGCCUGCUCGCAGCGCUCGCCAGCUCCCGUCAAUCUGUGUCCUGAAUCUGUGACUUCUCGCUGCGGAAGUCUCCAGGAGCCAAGAAUACUUCGAUUUUCUUUCUAGUCAUUUCUAGUGCUGGGUUCUCAGACAUCCCGGGGACUCCAUAGAUAGCCCCGCGGCCCCACAGAUAAACAAAUUGGGUGGGGGUAGCUGCUUAGGGGUGCCCGGGGAAGUUGGCCGCAAGGAUACCCCCCUCCUGUCACCUCCUGACCCCUUGCGCAAAGGAGGCUCGUGGCCCGCUGUCCCACUGGGGGAUGGGGAUGGGGCUGAGAAGGCUAGUGAGCGCCUCUAACGCUCAGGAAGUGAAGUUUGCGGUUUUGGGGGCUGAGCUCGGAAGCAGAUUAAGAAGAAAAAAAAAAAGUCAGAGAGACAGAUCAGUCUCUCCCGAAAGCAAGAUUCAGUUUGCUCACUCUCAGAGCUCGAUGCCCGCGCCCUGACCCCGCAGAACUCAGAGUAACCGAGGGUCCAAACAUCCGACCAGCGGCUGGCCACCAUGCCGCGCUCAUUCCUGGUCAAGAGCAAGAAGGCGCACAGCUACCACCAGCCGCGUUCUCCGGGGCCGGACUACUCCCUGCGCCUGGAGACCGUGCCUGUGCCGGGCAGAGCAGACGGCGGCGCUGUGAGUGCAGGAGAGUCGAAGAUGGAGCCCCGAGAGCGUUUGUCCCCCGAGUCUCAGCUUACCGAGGCUCCAGACAGAGCCUCCGCGUCCCCCAACAGCUGCGAAGGCAGCGUUUGUGACCCGAGCUCCGAGUUCGAGGACUACUGGAGGCCCCCUUCUCCCUCUGUAUCUCCAGCGUCGGAGAAGUCGCUGUGUCGCUCUCUGGACGAAGCCCAGCCCUACACGCUGCCUUUCAAGCCCUACGCGUGGAGCGGCCUCGCGGGGUCUGACCUGCGGCACCUGGUGCAGAGCUACCGGCAGUGCAGCGCGCUGGAGCGCAGCGCUGGCCUGAGCCUCUUCUGCGAGCGCGGCGCGGAGUCCGGCCGCCCGGCCGCGCGCUACGGCUCGGAGCAGGCUGCGGGCGGAGCGGGUGCGGGACAGCCUGGGAGCUGCGGAGCAGCCAGCGGCGCCACCAGCGCUGGGGGCCUGGGGCUCUAUGGCGACUUCGCGCCUGCGGCGGCCGGGCUGUUCGAGCGGCCGAGCACAGCCGCAGGCCGGCUGUACCAAGAUCGCGGCCACGAGCUGCACGCGGACAAGAGUGUGGGAGUCAAGGUGGAGUCCGAGCUGCUGUGCACCCGCCUGCUGCUGGGCGGCGGCUCCUACAAAUGCAUCAAGUGCAGCAAGGUGUUUUCCACACCGCAUGGGCUGGAGGUGCACGUGCGCCGGUCCCACAGCGGCACGAGACCCUUUGCGUGCGAGAUGUGCGGCAAGACUUUCGGGCACGCGGUGAGCCUGGAGCAACACAAGGCCGUACACUCGCAGGAACGCAGCUUUGACUGUAAGAUCUGUGGCAAGAGCUUCAAGAGGUCAUCCACACUGUCCACACAUCUACUCAUUCACUCGGAUACCCGGCCCUACCCCUGUCAGUACUGUGGCAAGAGGUUCCACCAGAAGUCAGACAUGAAGAAACACACUUUCAUCCACACAGGUUAGGCUCCAAGUUGGUCAUCUUCCUGCCUCCAGAGGGUUAGAUUUACAGGCUGCCAGUUUCUUUAUCAGCUUCUUUCUGUGUGUACGGAACACUCACUCGUUAGAACACAGGCUACAAGAUGAAAGGACUCUGUCAGACAACAUGGUGGGUGUGUAUUCCCGUGACCUUCCUCUUUUCUUGUUCAUUUUUUUGUCAUUUUCAAGAGAAAGAGUUUCUCUGUGUAGCCCUGGUUAUCCUGAAACAACUGUAGACCAGGCUGGCCUUGUUUCAGAUCUCCCUGUCUCUGCCUCUGGAGUGCUGGGAUUAAAGGUGUCUUUUGCCUUAUCACUUUGAUGAGAAGGUCAGUUUGGUUUUUGUGUUAGCAUAGUCAGAUGUACUGGUAUGUCCCCAGCUGGUUAGUUUUUUACCAACUUGACACAUGCUUGGGUCAUCUGGGAAGAGGGAACCUCAACUGACAAAAAUGCUUGUACCAGAUUGGCCUGCAGGAAAGUCUUUUCUUGACUGAUGAUAGAUGGUGGUGCCACCCUGGGCAGGUAGUUCUGGACUGCAGGCUGCACAAAUCAUGGGUAGAAAUCUUGGAAGCAGAUUUUCUUCCUGGUCUUGAGUUCCUGGUUGCUUGAGGGGAGUCUUAGCUUCCUUUAGGGUGGGCUAUGAUCCUGACCUGUAAGCUAAACUAAUCCUUUCCUUCCCAAGUUGCUUUUGGUCGAGAUUUUUUUUUUUAAUAGCAGUAGAAAGUGAAUCAGGACAAUUCCUCUACGGUUGUUUUUGUUGAUUCUUUUCUUAACUUAAGAAUCUCUGGGGCUAGAGAGAUGGCUCAGUGCUUAAGAGUAUCUGCUUCUCUUGCAGGGGGGACCUGGGUUCAGGUUCAGUUCCCUUCCCUUCUGAUUGUGGUAGCUUCUAUUUCCUUCCUUUCUUGUUUUUUUUUUUUUUUAACUUUUCCUUUUGUACUUCCAGGAUCACAUAAAUCUAUGCGCCCAGCCCAAGUUUCUGUUCUCCGUGGGUCUUUCUCUGGGUUUGCCACUAGUCCUACUGUCUAUCUCUGCUUGAGCCACAGUCCCAUAAAUAAUUAAAGUAAAAGUUAGCUCCUAAUGACUAGCAGAGGAGGCUUCUCUCUGACCUGAUUCAUUCUCUUCAAAAUAUCAUGGCUACUCCUGACCCUUGUUCUUGCACAUGAAAACUUUCUUGGAAUUUUGGUGUGUGUUACUGUCAUGACUCUGAGCCAUCUUUGGGGUUUCGGUUAUGUCCCUUGGUAAAAGGAUUAUCCCACCUGAGCUUGCUGACUCCCCUUAUAGAAAUGUGGGUAGGGUCAGAACUGAGUAUCCUGUUAUCUGUGGUUUGCAACUCUGCCUCAAUUGUUUGUGGCCCUUGGGAAUAGGAGGAGCUAGAGUAUAUGGGUAAGGAAAACUAGCGGAGUUGAGUUCCAUCUAUUCAGUUAGGGAAAAGCAUCAUUCCUACUGUGCAGGUUUGGGGGAGCAGCACCCUGCAGGAAACCCCCUCUUGCUGCUGUGCUCAGUAAAUUCACUUGGUCCCUGGUGGAAUCUUGCCUCAGUCUGUUGGUUUGUUGUUGGGACCACAGCAGGAAGAGUAAAUGUUGCUUAGGACUCCCCUUGGGAAAGAGUUUAUCAACAGAUACAUUGUUUACUUUGAGGAGAGUAGGAAUCAUUUUGAUACUAAAUAUAACAUAGUAAUUAUUUAUUUGGUUUUUAAAAAGUUUCUUUGUCAUAUUCUCCCUAUAUGAAUAUAUAUGUACUUAUAAACACAUAUGACGGUGUGCUGAUCUUACAACUCUGUUACAUUUGCUAUAUAUAUAAUUUUAAACAGCCUAUAUAAGAUAAUAAUAGUAAGAUAUGAAAAUGAUUAUAGCUUUUUCUCCCCCUCCUUUUAAGUUAUUCUUCCUGUCUUUGUGGUAGCAGUGGUCAGUACUGUGUUGAAUGGGAGUAGUGAAUGCUUUUAAUUUUUUAAAUUUAGUGUGAUGGUUUUGGUAGGGUGGAGGCAAAUAGCUUUUAAAGAAUCAAGCUGAGGGGUGGAGAGAUGGCUCAGUUGGUAAAGUGCUUGCUUUGCAAGCAUAAGGAUUUGAAUUUGGAUCCCCAGAAUCCAUGGGAAAAGCCAGGCAAGAACCUCUAAUGAGGAUACUGGGGAGUUGGAAACAGGAAAAUGCCUGGGGCUUGCUGGCCUGCUGGUCUUUCCAGAUCAGUGAGCUCCAGGCUCACUGUUAGAAAAUCAUCAUCAUCAUCAUCAUCAUAAAUAAUAAUUAAUAAUAACGAUGAAGAUAGAGAGUAAUGUAGGAAGACACAUGCCAUUGUCUUUGGCUUUCAUACUCAGGCACACAUGUGUGCACAUACACAUACAUAACACACACACACACACACAAAAUAAAUACAUUGUGGUGGCUGAUCUUGAUUUUCAGCUUGUUACAACUGGAAGAGGGCUCUCAGCUGAGGAACGCCUCCAUUAGACUAGCCUGUGGCCACUUCUGGGGCAUUUUCUUAUUUGCUAGUGAUGUAGAAGUUCUCAGCCCACUGUGGCACUACUGUCCUUGGGUAGGUAGGCCUGGGUUGUAUGGGAAAUGUAGGAGCCAGGGAUCCAGCCAAUGAGCAGUGCCCCUCAUGGUCUCUGCUUCCGUUCCUGCCUGAGCUCCUGUCUUAUUUCCCUCAGAGAUGGGUUGUAAUCAGUGAGAUGAAAUAAACUCUUCCCUUCCCAAA